UUUCUCUCUCCCCUUGGGUGGAGAUUCUGGAUUACAACAGCAAAAUGAACGGGACCUUUUUCAACCAGACUAUCAUGGAGCAAGGAGUUUAUUCCAACAGGACCCAGGACCUGGGCACUUUGAUGGGUUGUUGCAACGGCACCAGCUCGGUGGUGGCCAGUGAUGGCGGGUCGUCCAUCCUGCUGCCCGACGAGAGGAGCCUCUACAUUACGCGGGUGGUCCAGAUUGCUGUGCUCUGCAUCCUCUCCUUGACUGUGGUGUUUGGGAUCUUCUUUUUGGGCUGCAACUUGCUCAUCAAGUCGGAGAGCAUGAUUAACUUUUUGGUCAAGGACCGCAGACCGUCGAAGGACGUAGGAUCUGCCAUCAUGGGGCUGUACUGAGAGGAUACAGGGAGUCUGUAGGCAAGCGAACGGUAUGGCAUUCCAGUCGAGAGGUGCAAUCCCAUGCACACAGGGGGGCCGGGUGUGGAAUCCGGAUUUACUGCAACUUGCUGGUGUACAGGGUAAAUCAACCCUUCUGUGCUGAAUGAAAUACGUGCUGGCGAAAGGGACGGAGGCAUCUUUCCGGCUCUGUGUGAAGCACAAAAAUACAAUUAUCAUCCUAGUGUUGCAUGCAGAAAUGUUUUACGUUUAGCAUGAAAAGUUGCAAAAACAAAAGUGAAGGUUUGGAAUCUUUUUGGCUGUUACCUUGGAUACUGUUACCUGUUUCUUAAGGCUUUUUUUUAAAAAA